CUACCUGUGACUCCUAUCCGACGAAACAUGUCCGUUUCUUCAAGACUCCCGAGGACUACUGAAAUUGUGCUUACAGAGGACGACUUGGGACAAGAGGCACACGACAGUUGGAAGUGCUGUGUUUGCACCAAUAUCAUGUGGACAGCCAUGUCCUUGGAUUGCGAGCAUUCUCUGUGCGAGAGCUGCGUGAAGCAGGCAGUCCCACCGAAUUGUCCAAUGUGCCGUCAAGAGUUCGAAACACCUCGACCCAACCGCCUGUGCAGGGACAUCUUGGCAAGCAUGCGGGCUGUCUGUUCCCUGUGCAGGUUCACGGGAACCGUUGGAGAGCUCGUGGUGCACAGGGCUGAGAACUGCCAACGCCAGAUGGUAUACUGCCGACACGAAGGGUGCCAGGAAACAGUGGAGCGACGGCACCUGGACGUCCAUGAGAGCACCUGCUGCCACAGGCUGGAGGACUGCUUGUGUGGGAUGAAGAUCAAGAGAGGGAGCCGUGAAGAACAUUCCUCAACCAUCUGUCCGUCCGAGCCCAUUCCAUGUCCGCUGGGAUGUCACUCCCAUAUUACAAGAGGCUCGGCGGUGCUCCACACAAGCCAGGAUUGCAAACGACUAGUCCAUCUAUGCAGGAUGCCUGGAUGCUACUUUCAGGGUGGGCCGGAGGAGUACAGGGCACACCUGGCCGAGGCCUCAGCUGCCCACGUUGUCCUGCUGGAGGAACGAUUGGAGCGGGUACAGACGGAUUGCUUCAUGAUGGACUUAAAAGAAUCCGACAUCAGCUUCCAGAGGCUGGAGACAAGAAUGCUCGUCUUCCACAUCCUUCACCUGAAGAUGGCCAUUUCACGUGGGUCGCGCCGCUUCGUGUCUCCAACAUGUGGCCCAGUUCUGGGUGGCACCUGGCAGGUUGUGCUGGAACAGACAGGGGGGGCGUGGAAGCUGUACCUGUGUCUGGUUUCCCGCGUGCGACCAAUCCUUGCUAAAGUUAUGUUUGCACUCAAGGCGGCGAAUACAGCGGACUACUGCAUCAUAGGAAAGGGACCACGCCGCAUGAUGGAAAACAUGCGCUACGGCGUCCAAGUUCCACUAUCGAAGUUGGAAGCCUACAGCGCAGAAAAUGACGGACUGCGGGUGCAGAUCUGCAUACAGAGCUGUUCCAUAACUUUUAUGAUCAGGUAUAGACCUCUCCAUGUCCUAGCCUCAUUCGCAGUCUUGUUGGGCGCACAGGCCUGCCCGGAAGAUCUGCCCGGAGAUAAGAAACAUGAUACAGGCGCGUGA